CGCGGUUUUGUGGCGUUUGGGCGGACGCUGCGCCGAGGGGCGGCACUAGGCGCGCGCUCCAAAAUGGCGGCGAACGUGUUCCCGUUCCGCGACGCCCGGGCAGCACCCGACCCGGUGCUGGAGGCCGGCCCGGUGGCACACGGUCCACUGCCAGUACCGCUGGUGCUGGACAACGGGUCGUUCCAAGUCCGCGCUGGCUGGGCGUGUCCUGGGCAGGACCCAGGUCCCGAGCCGCGCCUGCAGUUCCGCGCAGUGUGUGCCCGCGGUCGUGGAGGGGCACGGGGCGGGUCGGGCCCGCAGGUGGGCAAUGCCUUGGGCAGCCUGGAGCCACUGCGCUGGAUGCUGCGCUCGCCCUUCGACCGCAACGUGCCAGUCAACCUGGAGCUUCAGGAGCUGCUGCUGGACUACAGUUUCCAGCACCUGGGUGUCUCCUCACAGGGCUGCGUUGAUCAUCCCAUAGUUUUGACAGAAGCUGUGUGCAACCCACUGUAUUCACGGCAAAUGAUGUCCGAGCUUCUUUUCGAGUGCUACAGGAUUCCCAAGGUUGCCUAUGGAAUAGACAGUCUGUUCAGCUUCUACCACAAUAAGCCAAGGAACUCGGUGUGCAGUGGGCUCAUCAUUUCAUCUGGAUACCAGUGUACGCAUAUUUUACCCAUCUUAGAGGGGAGAUUAGAUGCUAAAAACUGCAAGCGCAUCAAUCUUGGAGGAAGCCAAACAGCUGGUUACCUCCAGCGUCUCCUCCAGCUGAAGUAUCCUGGGCACCUGGCAGCCAUCACCCUCAGCCGCAUGGAGGAGAUUCUGCAUGAGCACAGCUACAUCGCUGAGAAUUAUGUAGAAGAAUUACACAAAUGGCGGUGUCCUGAUUAUUAUGAGAAUAAUGUCCACAAGAUGCAGCUCCCAUUUUCCAGCAAGCUCCUGGGCAGCACUCUGACCUCUGAGGAGAAACAAGAAAGGCGGCAGCAGCAAUUGCGGCGGCUGCAGGAGCUCAAUGCCCGGCGGCGAGAGGAGAAGCUGCAGCUGGAUCAGGAGCGGCUGGACCGACUGCUGUACGUGCAGGAACUUCUAGAGGAUGGCCAGAUGGAUCAGUUUCACAAAGCUCUGAUAGAGCUGAAUAUGGACUCCCCAGAAGAACUGCAGUCCUACAUACAGAAGCUCAGUGCCGCAGUGGAGCAGGCUAAGCAGAAAAUCCUCCAAGCGGAAGUCAACCUCGAGGUGGAUGUGGUAGACAGCAAGCCAGAGACCCCUGACCUGGAGCAGCUGGAGCCGUCUUUGGAAGAUGUGGAAAGCAUGAAUGAUUUUGAUCCCUUGUUUUCAGAGGAAACACCUGGAGUGGAGAAGCCGGUCACCACUGUCCAGCCCGUGUUUAACUUGGCAGCAUAUCACCAGCUGUUUGUUGGGACAGAAAGAAUUCGAGCUCCAGAAAUUAUUUUCCAGCCAUCUCUCAUAGGAGAAGAGCAGGCUGGGAUUGCAGAGACUCUGCAGUACAUUCUGGACAGGUACCCAAAAGACAUUCAGGAAAUGCUGGUUCAGAACGUUUUCCUCACUGGCGGGAACACGAUGUAUCCUGGGAUGAAAGCCAGAAUGGAGAAGGAGCUGUUGGAGAUGAGACCCUUCCAGUCUUCUUUUCAGGUUCAACUUGCCUCGAACCCUGUACUGGAUGCCUGGUACGGGGCUCGUGACUGGGCCUUGGACCACCUAGAUGACAGUGAAGUUUGGAUCACCAGGAAAGAAUAUGAAGAAAAGGGAGGAGAGUACCUCAAGGAGCACUGUGCUUCCAACAUCUACGUCCCCAUCCGCCUGCCAAAGCAGGCCUCCCGCUCCUCAGAUGCCCAGGCGUCCAGCAAGGGUUCUGCUGCUGGCGGAGGUGGUGCUGGCGAGCAGGCGUAGCCCAGGCCCUCCAGGUACACUGCCCUGCACACCAUGCCUUGGGCCACGUUGGCAGCAUGACAGGACUGUGAUUGUGCUAGGUGUGUCCGCCCAAGUCUGCUGGUCACAUUUGGCAGCAAAAUGGAUUUCUCCUGGGGAGAACAAAGUUAAGGGACACUGAGAACUGCCCUGCAGAAGCAGGUUCACUUGGGGGCUUCUGUGGUGAAGAGACUAACUGGCCUUCUCAUGUCUUUGUUCAACUGUGGCCAGCUGUGGCAUCAGCUUCCUGUAGCAGUAAAUGAAGACAGAAUGGAGAAUACAGAUGUACAGAAUGCACAAGACUGAUUUCUUACCACAUUUUAGAGUCUUUUAUGUUUUAAAAAAAAAUCCUUUAAAAUCUAUCUUGUCCGUGUAGAUACUUGAUUCUUCUGAAUAUAUUCAGAAGUUGCAUGAAUGCCCAGCAAGGGGAGGUCUUUCAUGUAUAUAAAAAAAGGUAAUGUUUAUUGCUGGGCACAGUGGCACAUCCCUGUUAAGUCCCAGCUACGUGGGAUGCCAGGGCAGGAGGAUCGCUUGAGCUCAGGUGUUCGAGGCUAUAGUGUGCUGUGAUUGCACCUGUGAAUAGCUACUGCACUCCAGCCUGGGCAACAUAGCAAGACCUUGUCUCUACAAAAAACCCUUUUUCAUAUGCAAUAAAAGCAGUCACCUCAGAAGCUGGAAAUAUUUCCUUCCUCCUAUUUUUUUUCUUUCAGAUAAGGAGAAAAGGCCCAGAAAGUUACCAAUAUGUGAGGUCACUCGGCAAGCCAUGGACUUGUUGGUGCCCUCUUCUGAAUGGGCAGGAAUAGAGCCAGUGGCCCAACUUUGUUCUUUCUCUGCUGGAAACUUUACCACCAUAAGGCUUACAGAUGUUUUAUUUCUGUCCAUCUGAGUUUGUUGGCUGCUUAACCUUUUCAGACUUUUCAGAACAAAGAUUGGAGGACGUUUAUCCUGUAGUCUUUGCAGUUUUGCCAUAACCUCAUGUGUCCUGUGCCUUCCCAGUUCUGUCUUAAGUGGACGGAUAACCCCUCCCUUUUACAGAGAUUGCUUGGCGAAAAUUUUGGCUCAAAGACACCCAAGUAUUGGUUCCAGAAGGCCCCUGAGCUAAUACCAUUGUCACCAAAUUUCACCUUUAAAUCCCAUGGAGCAUCUAGCUCAGCCCUCUGAUGAGGCCACCUCAGAACCUGUUUGCUCAUACAGUUUACCAGGGGCCACCACCUGGAUCUCCAGCUCUCAAGGGCUUAGAAACUGCAGACCAGGAGGGAAGGGGUAGUGGCGAUGGAAAGAGUGGAAGACCACAGCUGACCCUGGAAAAUGAG